UGAGCUGAGCAAAUCAGAUCCUGCAACUUCCACAAAAUCUCACACCCAAAAAAACAUCACAACAACAUUUACCAAAACCACAAACACGCUUAGUUACAUCUUUUCUCUAACUCUACAACAAAAAAGAGCUGAGAAACACCCCACCAAGCAAUCACUUUUGAUUCCUACAAAAAGCACUGAUUUUUAUUCUCUAACUGCACUGAAACACAAGACCCAGAUGGUGGUUUGAUCAGAUCCACCUUCUUCCCAAAUGGGUCACUCCAAUUCGCCACCUUCCAAGCGCAACAGCAACCACCAUCACAACCCACGUCAAUGGCGGGUCCUGGACCUUGUCUCAGCAAUGUUGUUCUUCUUGGUCUUCCUCUUCUUCGUCCUCGUUUACACACCUCUCGGCGACUCCCUCGCCGCCUCCGGCCGCCAGACCCUCCUUCUCUCCGGCGCAGACCCGCGGCAGCGCCACGGCCUUGUGGCGGUGAUCGAGACGGGUCAACAGCCGGGUCGGACCAUCGAAGCUUGCCCCGCCGAUGAAGUGGACCACAUGCCAUGCGAGGAUCCGAGGCUGAAUAGCCAGCUCAGUAGAGAGAUGAACUACUACAGGGAGAGGCAUUGCCCGCCGCCGGAGAACACUCCCCUCUGCUUGAUUCCGCCGCCUAAUGGGUACAAGAUUCCGGUGCAGUGGCCUGAGAGCUUGCACAAGAUAUGGUACAACAACAUGCCACACAACAAGAUUGCUGACAGGAAAGGUCACCAGGGAUGGAUGAAACUAGAAGGUCAACACUUUAUAUUCCCUGGUGGGGGUACAAUGUUUCCAGAUGGAGCAGAGCAAUAUAUUGAAAAACUCGGUCAAUACAUUCCAAUAAAUGGAGGUGUUCUGAGGACUGCUCUUGACAUGGGAUGUGGGGUUGCUAGUUUUGGAGGAUAUUUACUAUCUCAAAAUAUUUUAACAAUGUCAUUUGCUCCAAGAGAUUCACAUAAAUCACAGAUACAAUUUGCCUUGGAAAGAGGAAUACCAGCUUUUGUUGCUAUGCUUGGUACUCGUAGACUCCCAUUCCCUGCAUUUGGAUUUGACUUAGUUCAUUGUUCUCGGUGUUUGAUCCCUUUUACAGCCUACAAUGCAACUUAUUUCAUUGAAGUGGAUAGAUUACUUCGCCCUGGUGGAUAUUUAGUCAUCUCUGGUCCCCCUGUUCAGUGGCCUAAACAAGAUAAAGAAUGGUCCGAUCUCCAGGCUGUGGCAAGAGCUUUGUGUUAUGAACUGAUUGCUGUAGAUGGUAACACUGUGAUCUGGAAGAAGCCUGCAGAGGAUGCGUGUCUUCCCAACCAAAAUGAAUUUGGUCUCGACUUAUGUGAUGAUUUAGAUGUCCCAAGUCAAGCUUGGUACUUCAAAUUGAAGAAAUGUAUCAGUGGGACAUCUUCUGUCAAAGGAGAAUAUGCUAUUGGGAUGAUUCCCAAGUGGCCAGACAGGCUAACUGCUGCACCUCCAAGGUCCACACUCCUGAAAAAUGGUGUUGAUGUGUAUGAGGCGGACACUAAGCGUUGGUUAAGGAGGGUUGCACACUAUAAGAAUUCUCUAAACAUAAAGUUGGGCACUCCAGCUGUACGCAACGUCAUGGACAUGAAUGCAUUGUUUGGGGGUUUUGCAGCAGCCUUAAAAUCUGAUCCUGUGUGGGUAAUGAAUGUAGUUCCAGCUCGAAAGCCUCCCACUCUUGAUGUGAUCUUUGACAGAGGCCUUAUUGGAGUCUAUCAUGAUUGGUGUGAACCUUUUUCAACAUACCCUCGUAGUUAUGAUCUGAUCCAUGUGGCUAGCAUUGAAUCACUUAUAAAAGAUCCAGCUUCUGGUAAAAGCAGAUGUAAUCUUGUUGAUUUGAUGGUGGAAAUAGAUCGAAUGUUGCGGCCAGAGGGAACUCUUGUGGUGAGGGAUGCCCCUGAAGUAAUUGACAAAGUAGCUGGCAUUGCUCGCGCAGUGAGGUGGAAGCCUACCAUAUACAAUAAAGAACCUGAAUCACACGGCAGAGAAAAAAUUCUAGUUGCAACCAAGAUCUUCUGGAAGCUCUAAUUGUCAUCCCACUGAUACAACUGUGUUCUUUAGGUAAAAUUCCCUUCUCUCUGUUCUGUGGGGUGGGGUGUCAAAGAUAUACCUUCUAACCAGAGUUCCAUAUUCAUAUAAAGAGAAGAAUAGUAAGGUUAGGAUUUGAAAAAAAGAUGGGAAAAGUUUUGUGCAGUUUUAUGUGGAAAGCUCAAGCCAAUGUUAAUUGUAUUUUCUCAUAGCUUUAAGGAUGAAUUGUAAUUUAAAACACACUUAUU